AUGCGACAGGGAGACACGCACUCCAUGUCGGCUUGGGGCUCUUCUUCUCCGUUUACCUUUUUCUGCAUUUUUUCCAUUGUCACUUCUGCUGGGAGAUCGCAGCAGUCUCGUCUUUUCUCGUUUCGCCUUUUCGUUUCGGCCUCCUCUACGCUGUCUGCUUCUUCCCGUCCGUCUCAGACUCUGCUGUCUUCGGCUUGCCUGCUCAGCUUCAUCCUCAAUCACUCCUGGGUGUCUGUGUGA